CACACUGAGUCUGUGGCGAGGCUAAUCUAGACCGUGACUCGAUCCAGACUUUCUUUAGUCUUAUACUAGACAAUCAAAGCAAGCACCGACGAACCAGCAGAAUUUAGUGAAAGAAUCACACACAGUGAGCAGCAUGCGGCAUCAAAACGCAGCUUGGCAGCGAUGGUGCGUCAUCAUGACGACACUCAUCACUUUCAGCACGAUUUCAGAAUCGGCCAAGACGACCUGCGACUUCGAGUCUGGAUUUUGUGGCUGGAAAAACUUGCCCCACAAUGACCUGGACUGGAGACUGAUGAGCGGCUCAACGCCGUCUGUUGGAACGGGCCCUACUACGGAUCACACAAAAGGAACAUCCUCAGGUCAUUAUGUGUACAUUGAGACGUCAAAAGGCAGCAAUGCAGAAGCUGUACUUGCAAGUUCUGCUGUGACCAACUCAAAUCAAAUGACCUGUAAAUUGUCAAUGGCUUAUCACAUGUACGGCUUACAUAUUGGAAAGUUGGAAGUGAUAGCUCACUCUACGUACAGAAACUCUUCAGUAUGGAGUCGUUUUGGCACCCAGAGGAAUCGGUGGUUAACCACUACUGUUGACUUUGGAAGCAUAACUGGCUCGUUUGAAAUUUAUGUGAGGGCUUCACAUUCAUCUGGCUAUAGAGGAGACAUUGCUUUGGAUGAUCUUUCACUGACGAAUUGUCCUCCAGGGUCUCCUCUUUCUCUACCAAAUUCAUUUCCUAACACGACAUGCUCCUUUGAAACCAAUCUUUGCGUGUGGUCUAAUGAUGUCUCUAAUGACGUUGAUUGGGUUAUGCUGCAAGGAAGUACUUCUUCACCUGAAACUGGGCCUACUAAUGAUCACACAUACCGAAAUGGCAGUGGUAAGUACAUCUACUUUGAAGUCACAGGUGCAGGCUUUUCUAGUCAUGCAGCUCUUGUUAGUCCCGAGUAUCUCAAGAGUGGCAGUGCAUGUCGCAUGCAGUUUGCAUAUCAUUUUUAUGGCAGUAGCAUUGGAGACAUGGAUGUCUACUUUGUGGCUAAUGGAGAUGGAAAAAUUCAUAAUUUGUGGUCUACAAGGGGAAAUCAAGGAAACGUUUGGCGUAUGCGUUCAGUGUUUAUUGGACCACAGACGGACUUCAACAUCUAUUUUAAAGGCACUCAUUAUAGUGGUUACAAGGGUGAUAUGGCACUGGACGAUAUCUCAUUUUUUGACUGUGAUCCGAAUUUUACACAAAGACCAUGCACCAAGAAUGAGUUCACUUGUUUACAGAGCAAGCUGUGUGUAAAAACAGAUUCAAUGUGUGACUUACACAACGAUUGCUAUGACAACAGCGACGAAACAUAUUCUUCUUGCAGGUCGGCAUUUCAAUGUGAUUUUGAGCAUAGUGUUUGUGGCUUUACAAACGAUAAGAAUAACGACAGCUUUGACUGGAUAUUGGCUCGAGGCUCAACAUUCAGUUCACAAACAAGACCAGGAGCUGAUCAUACGACAGGGAACAGAAAUGGUCGUUAUGUGUACAUUAAUGCUUCACCCCUUCGUGCUACUGGUGACACUGCUAUUCUGUGGAGUCCGCUUUUUAAUCCUUCAACAGCAGCGAACUGUUCUGUCAGGUUCUUUGCUUUUAUGUACGGUCAACAUGUGAGGAGUCUCGUUGUGUCUCAAGUUAUUGGAAGUUUGUGGACUCAACUCGGGAAUAUUACAGGAGAACAGGGACAAGACUGGAAGAAAUUUAGUUUGAACGUUCCUUUAUCAGGAGGGAAGAAAUUUCAGCUUUCUUUUGAGGGAGUUCAUAGGAAUGGCUAUGCUGGUGAUAUUGCGAUAGACGACUUGACAUUAAGCACAUCUUGUCCAAAACCAGUUUGGACAAUGUUCAUCAAUUCUUCUAUUUCGGAACUUUCAACUGAGUAUCCGACAACAUCUACUCCAACCACAGCCAAGAGAUUCGUUGACCCUUGUUAUCCACCAGCGUCAUCUAUUGCUGACGGAAGUGUGAGGCUUGCCGAUGGGGACACUCCAAAUGAAGGUCGAGUGGAAAUAUAUCACAAUCGGCAAUGGGGAACAGUAUGCGAUGACGAUUGGACUUCAACUAACGGAAGAGUGGUUUGUAAGCAACUAGGAUACCCAAACUACCGGAGUAGACUAUAUAAUAGGCCAGGUAGUGGAAGUAUAUGGAUGGACAAUGUCAGAUGCAGUGCAAGCGAAUUGACAUUGCAGCAUUGCUCAUUUCGUGGUUGGGGAUAUCACAAUUGUGAUCAUAGCGAUGAUGUAGGCGUAAUAUGUGAAACUGCUAGCGACGGUGACGUUCGACUUGUUAAUGGACAUAAUGCGAAUGCAGGAAAUGUUGAAAUUUAUCACAAUGGGGAGUGGGGAGGCGUGUGCGCUGACGGUUGGGAUUUGAAUGAUGCGAAUGUGGUAUGUAGACAACUCGGUUACUUACGCGCCAUUACUCGCUCAUAUUACUGGCAAGGCUGCGGAAGACUAUGGAUAAGCAAUAUUAAUUGCCAAUCUCGGUAUUAUUCACGAUUAGAUGACUGCACUUUCUCAGGCUGGGGCGUACGCAGCUGUAAUUAUUCUGGAUAUGCGAAGGUGUCCUGCGAUUCAUGGUCUCUUACAACAUCUACGACUAGAGAAGACAUUAGAUCAGCGACUCCAAUAAUUGUUGGAGUUACAGUUUCUGUAAUAUCGGCUCUAUUGGUAUUUUUUAUUGUUUUAAUCGUCAUAAUCCUGGUAAGACGCAGACAGGCGACCACUACAACAACGACGACAGCAAAUGCUCAAGUAUCUGCUGGACAACCGGCACAGGCACAGUCGGUAAUUUUCGUACCAUCUGCAUAUCUGAAUGUGACAUAUCCCAGUCUUCACUUCAAUUCUAAUGAAUUGAGAGCUCCGCCUUCGUACGAGACGGUGAUUGGCUAUCGAAGCGAUAAUCAAACAGUUUACUUUGGUGAGAUGAAUCAGCAGUACGUCGCCUGACCCCAUUCUGCAUUGAAUGGCAAUGUGUCUCAAAUGUGACAAAGCUGCCGUUUAUAUAUCUCGUCUCGUAGCUUAACGUUGUAAUGUGUGCAGUUGAAUUUUGACAAAAAUAAUAGUGAAUGGUUGAUUUUACUGAUUAUUAUGUUUCGAAUGACAUGUUUUAGACUUUUUAGGUGAGAUUGAAUUUACUGCGUGUAAAUUAAUUAAUGUUCUGUCUAACUUUAUUGCUAUAAUGUGAAAGUAAUUUAGGGCUGUCCUGCCUAGGCGAAUAUGUCUCUUUCUUCGCUGCGCCGCAUCGUUGUAUUUUGGGAACCUAUGCGCACAUUCAGACAUAUA